AGGAGACAAGCGCAAGUGGAGGAGACAAGGUUGCAUAUUAAAAUGCACUCCUUGUCUGCUUCUGAACUGCAGAGUGCACUUCUCUGACUUCAGGCUCCACAUCUGUCUCCUGUGACUUCAUCUGAGAAGAAACAGCCUCUAUUCCCGGACUGCAGAAAACAAAAUGGACUCCCAAAUUGCCAAGACCACACAGAGCCUCACGACAGCCUCUGAGAUGCGAGAGACCACUAAAAUGCUUAUGCAGCCAAAUGCAAACUGGGAGGAGUACUUGACCCCAGCUCCUAUCUCUAUCGCCAUCAUGGGUGAGCUCGUCUUCAUCUCCUCUGAUGUCCACAGCGACUUCUCCGUCAAUGUAAAAGACGCACCAAUGCGCUUCACGUACAUUAAGUACCCAGAUUCCUUCAGGGCCUGUCUUAUGCAGGUAUGUAACUCUGGCUGGCAGGCUUUCAACGAGGCCCACAAGAACAUGGAUCAGAUCCGCAUUCACACAGCCUCUGUUCCUGAUUACAUGAAGGCAGCAGUGAAGAUCCUCUUCAAUGCCCCCGAUGACGUGAUCGAGAAACUCCUGCCUAACCAACUGGAAAACAUUCGCACCAUUGCAGAUGAGUGUGUGACGCUAGCGGAUGGUGUUGAAAAGAAAUACUCCUACGUGAUUAAUUUGAUCCAGGAGUUGUUGGAGGCUUGUGUCAACGCUCAACACAUGUAUGGUGAAGAACUGGAAAAUGUUAAAAGGAAAUUGCAAGAAACCAAACUGAGGGAGAAGACUGCCCAGGAGCUGAACAAACGGUCCCAGCAAGCGAUGGAAGCCAUGUCUAAGCAGGUGUCAGAUGCACAAGAGCAAUACAAGACGGCAAUGAAUUCAAUGCCAUCUGGCUGGGAGAUGAUCGGCAUGGACCUAGUGGAGGGACUCACAUCAACUUUCACAGGACUUUUGAAUGGAGUGACAGCAAUUGUUACGGCUCCUGCAAAGGCAGCCGGUGCCCUGUCAUCGGUCCUUUCAAAAUCUGGGAGCGCUGAAAGUGAGGGUGCAGAUGACAUCACACUGAUGAACAUCUUCAGCAAGUCUGGAGAAAUACUCAAGUACGCACAAGCUGUCAAAGCGUUUGUCAAUGAUGGGCAAAUAGACUGGAAGCACCUCUAUGACCAGCGUGAGAAACGUGUCAAGACAUCAUUUACUCAAAUUCAGUUUGAACGGAUUUCAGGAGACCUGAAGAAUCAGUCUGAGUGCAAGCCAAGGAGAAACGCUCUGUCACUGUGCAAAAAAGCCAUCGACAUCUGUGUUGAAUUUGCAACAUACACACCCGAUAAGGAGUGGGAUGAGAAGAAAACGAAAGAUCUGAUUAAGAAAAUUGAAGAGCUGAACAAUGGUGCAAUGGCGUUUGACAGUGCUAGUAAAAACACCUUAGGUUCUCCAGCUCUUGAGUCCACGCCACCAAAUGCGGCCAAAGCAGAAAGCGGCAGCUCUGGGAAGUCGGCGAGCAAGAGAGCGUCAGACAAUGCUCGAUUCCGCAUUGAGCAGAGCCAAGAGCAACUCAAGCACACGCGAGAGGCAUAUGACAAGUGUGUGGAGAACAUGGAAAACAAUCGGAAGGUGCUGACCGAGAUCCUUUGUGAAUUGCAGAACUGUGAACUGAAAGAAAUCGACUUUCAAACCAAAAUCAAGAUGCUGGUCAAAGGUCUCGAUGCCAUGGGCAGAGUCAAAGAGCAAUGGGAGAAGAUGGUGCGUUUCUUCCAGAUGGUGUCCAACAUAAUCAAAACCAGCCUCAGCAAGACCCUGCACAACUUUGUGACCACCGCCGACGACACAAAGAAACUCUCUUACAACAGCAAGCUUUUCGCCAAAGACCUACUGUACAACCAGGCCUUUCAAGCCUCCAACAUCGCCAGUCUGGUCCACAUGAUCUCAGGCACCUAUACCGAAGUGUCCAACAAGUAUCUGAUGGACCGAGUGAGCAGCUUGGGCAAGCUCAUGGCCAUGGAUAAGGACAAGCCAGAAUUCUUACAAGAGCGCCUUAAGCUACAGGAGUCCUGCAGAGAAGCUCAGGAAGGCAUUCUUCAGCUGGUCCUGAAGAACAAGAAAGAGUUUGAGAGGAAGACCGAUGCCAGGAUGGUGAGGAUUGAAGGAGAGCUGAAGGCCAUUCUGCCCGCUGCUUCCCCUGAGGAAACCGAGAAGAUCAAAGAAAUAGUUCAAGCUGGGUUCAGUAAUGAAGAGGACUAUUACUAGAUCACUGAUAGCAAGGCAAGCAUAUUUCCUGAUCAUCUUAUACGCUUUCAGGCUGUGCCCAGUGACAGAAGACCAUUACAACUGAUUUGAGAUGUGUUUUCACUAGGUUUUACACAUAGUCUUACAGAACCAAAAACGGUUAUUAUAAAUGUAGAAACAGAACAAUUUACUCAUAUCUUGUAUUAUUGUUUUUAUAUGAAGCUUUUUUUAAAUUUUACUUUCUAUAAUAUAGUAUACAGUAAUACAAUGGUUCAGGAGUUAUAGACACUGAGAACCUAAGAAACUGCUAUCCCUCUGUGGAAA